UCUUCACCUAGUUCUUUGUUACAUUGUUCACUUUAACGUUGAAGAUUUUUAGUGUUUAUGUAUUAAAGCAAAAUUUUAAAACAGUUGAUCAGAAAAAAAUUAUAAUUUUAUUUAACUUGAGCAAUACAAAAUUGGGGUUAACCAGUUGGGAAGAUAAAUACAAUUGGUGAGAAAAAAAACACCAUGGACUAUUUUAUGCAGCACAUGUGCAGGUAUAUUAUUUGAUAGUCGUCUAACAAAACUUAAAAUAGCGAAAGUUGAAGCUGUAUAUCCUAGUUCUUAAUAUAUUCGACCAAUUUUUGGUAGUUCAAAAGCAAAGAUCAGAACAAAAUAACAAAUAUUCAAUUCAAUUAAUAUCUUUUUAGAUAAUAUCUUAUAUUUUAAUUUUUACUUUUUCACAAGCAAUGUUUUUGGACUAUUUGGUUUUUAAGAACAUGUUACUUAGUUGAAAUUGUAGUUAUUUUUAAAUGUAAAUUAUUUUUUCUAAUAUUUUUAUUUUUUAUAUCAUAAUAUAGUUAACUGUAAUAUAUUAGAAUUAAAUCUAAACUCGGGAAACUUAAGUUCAUAGCCACUCUUUGUUCUUUGUGAUUCUAUUGGGUUUAUAUUGGGCCAAAAUAAAAUUAUGGUCCAAACACUUAGUGAUUAGGGUUUAGGAAUGUUAUUAUGUCUUAUAAAUAUCAUCUAUUGAUAUGCACAAUCCGCCGCACCAAAUCUUUUUAGAAGAGAAUAGAAUAUCUCAAAGUUUUUCGCUCGUGUGCAACACAAACUGCUCUUAACUGUGUAGCAAGAUCGCUUGCGUGACAGUUUCAAACUAAUCAAGCAGAUGGCUGGCGUUAGGCCCUUAACGGAGGAGGAUAAGGAAGUUAUCUCAUUAUAUGGCAAACCAAUUACCUUGUACGGCAUUCUUCAAGCUUUUACACAAGACAAGCCACGUUUCCUUCCUAGGUGUUUGAGUUACAAAAUACAGGCGAGGAAAAAUAAGAUGGCAAAUCUAAGUGGAAUCACAAUUUUCAACUACAUGAAUUGUAACAACAUCAUACUGAGAUCCCAAGUUGUGAAAAGGACUUCUUGCCCAUUUUGCCGAAUGAAAUGUGGAAGCCUCAAGGGCGUGAAACAUCAUUUGACGUCAUCGCAUGCCUUAUUUGACUUUAACUUUCGGCUGUCGGAGAAUGGUCAUCCGAUGUUUGAUGUCUCCGUGAAACCUGAUGCAUUCAAAAAUGGGGUACAAAAUGAUGAUUUAGAGGAGCAAAAUCGCGUUAAUACCUACUUUUAUCGCUCGAAAUCCCGUAUGCGAGGCCAAAGAGGUGUUCCUAAGGGACGUAAAUGUUGUAAGAUUUUCGAGAAGUAUUCAGAAGAUGUCCCUCGUGACAAAGCAAAUGAAAUUCCUCAUGUGAACGGUGAUAAUAUCCCAUCCUCCCUAGCAAGAACUCGUUUGUCGGGACAGACUAGCGACAUUCAGACAGUAACUCAACUAGAGAUAGGUCAGUCUUCUAAAGCUAAGAGGCCUCGUGCUACUGGGAGAAAAAGGUUAAAUCCACGGCGGCUCGAGGCCGAAAGAACCGAUCUUCUGAGGAGUCGGCAGUUCUAUCACUCUAAAACAUUGCAGCCAAUGACCCUGGAAGAAGUACUGUCUGCUGCGGACAGCGAUAAUGAAAAUGAUAAAGAAUUUAAAGAUUUUCAAGAACGCAUGAAGAUUGAUCGGUUGGUGGAUGCGAGCGAUGAUGAGAAGAGAUUUAUGGUGCUUUGGAACACAUUCAUGGAUGAUCAAAGUGUGUACGCGGAUAAACAUGUUCCUUGGGCAUGUGAACAGUUCGUAAAACAUCAUGCGAAAGAGCUGAUCACUCCUGAACUUUCCUGGCAAUGGAGAAUGUUCGCAAUUGAUACGCUGUGUAUAAAAUACGGUCUGAUAUCUCCCAAGACCAUGGACAAGUGCAGUAUCAUCCUGCAGAAGGCACAGCUAGAAGAAGAAUUCCCAGAAGAAGCGGCGGCAGCAGCAGAAAUGGAGGCAUUGGAAGAAGCGGAGGCAGCAGCAGAAGCAGCGGCAAAAGCGGCAGCAAAAGCAUCCGCCGCUAAAGGCACAAGAAAAAGCGCCAGAAUACAAAAGAAGAAGAUGCAAGAAGCAGAGAGAGCAUUAGCCAUGGUGUGUGUCAGAGAUCUUCAUUUCUGAAGUGAGAGAUCAAAAACUGUUUUAAAAUUCCCGUACUCAGAUACCAUUUCCUUCCUUUCAAAUUAUGUUGAAGUAAACUUUUGGUUUAAUCUUUUUAUUAUUCUCAAGGGGUUACAAACUACAAAGACUGAUUAUGAUACUUGAAAAGGAGAAUUAAUUCAUGUUUUUUUCCUUAUCAAAGGUUAAUGAGGGACAAGUUAGUUUUUAAUUACAAAA